AUGGUGGAGGAUCGUGACUUUCCUGGCAUGUUGGGUAGCAUUGACUGCAUGCAUUGGCAAUGGAAAAAUUGUCCAAAGGCGUGGAAAGGUAUGUACAUGAGUGGUUAUCGUGGGGUUGCAACCAUAGUACUUGAGGUUGUAGCAUCUUCAGACCUUUGGAUAUGGCAUGCGUUCUUUGGAGUUUCUGGUUUAAAUAACGAUAUCAACGUAUUAGAUCGUUCUCCAGUUUUCGAUGAUAUUCUAAAUGACCAUGCUCCGGAGCCACAAGGGGAGAAACGCAAGUUAUUUGCACAAUAUCAAGAAGGGCAAAGAAAAGAUGUGGAGCGAGCCUUCGGAGUGUUGCAAGCACGCUUUGCAAUUAUACGUGGUCCAGCUCGCUUUUGGGAAAAGAAGAAGCUUGCCAACAUAAUGAGAGCUUGUAUUAUAUUGCAUAAUGUGAUUGUUGAGGAUGAAAGAGAUACUUAUGCAGAAAUUUUUGCUCAAGGCUUAGAGUAUGAUGAUGUCGAAAAUGGCUUAUCACAACCUCAGCUGGGAGAAGAAGAUUUUGCACUAUACCAUCAAUUUCUCCAAAGAAAUGCCCAACUUCGAAAUAGGCAGCAGCAUAGACAAUUGAAAGAGGACUUGAUUGAACACAUAUGGUGGGCCACAAAUAGAAAUUGGGAUGAGUUCCCUACUGGAGAUGGUCUAACAGCAUUGCUGCUCAUCUUAACCAUGGAGUUGGCAAAAUCCACAUAG